UAAUGGAUCCUCCAGGGUACAAAACCAUAUACUUGGAUUGCAUCCGAAACCACGCGGCGACCUUCGGCCUCGUCCACUACGACGGCUGCUGCGAGUACGUCGAGGACCGGCAUCAGCCGGGCAGCAGCCUCUGCGAGGCGUGCGGCUGCCACCGCAGCUUCCACCUGCCGAUGUUGAUCCAAACCAGCGGAAGGAGCAAUAACAACAAUGCAGCUGGCGGCGGCGGUGGCAACGGCGGCGGCAGCAGAAAGGGUGGUUGUGCGGCCGACGGAGGCAGAAAGAGUGCUGCACCGGGGCACAGGGAUGGCAGAAAGCCCCCGACAAUCGGCGGCGGUGGUGGCAAAAAGGGUCGUGCUGCGGGUCGCCAUGGCACUGCAGAAGAAAGCGACCAAAACUUUUCUUAAGUCAGUUCAGUAAUAUGGCAGUUAAAAGCAUCAUUUUUAUACUAUAUAAGAUUCCAAAAUUUAAAACGCUUUAAAAUUAUCGGAGUUUUUUAUAAUAUAAAAAAUUUGUAAGUGCUUUAAAAUUUUUUUAUCUUUUAUUAAUAUAAAAAUAAUAUUUUAGCUACUAUAUUAUCAAAAUAGGUCUUAGGAGAUGGGACUAACGAGCCACAAUCUUUACGGAUAUUUACGGUAGGGCAAUGAAAACGUACCCCUCAAA